UGUUGGAUAAUUCCAGAAGAUCGUAGUGGCAGGGGGUAGCUAGUUCACUCUGACUGGGCACAUUUGAGAAAUCAUUAGAGAAAGCCUUUGGGUUACUAUUGACUUACCUAACAUUUUUUCCUGCAAACUCAAUUGGCAACCCUCGGUGGUAAAUCAGAUUCUGCGAUCUAACCCCGACAGCUUUUGAAUUGCACAGCGCAAUCUUUCAGUCGGCCUUCAUUUUCCAAAUUUACAAGGGAGACCUGUCGUCAUGAUGCUGAAUGUGGUCCGCACCGCUUCAAGAACACUCUCGUGUUCUAAAAACAGCACACGGAAUGUCUCUUCAGUUGUCAAGAAGACGUGCUGGAACGGAGUCAGUCAGUACGGCUUACGAAAUGUUGCAAGGCGUGACUAUGCAUCAGAGGCUAUCAAAGGGGCAGUCAUUGGAAUUGACUUGGGAACUACCAACUCUUGUGUGGCUGUUAUGGAGGGCAAACAGGCAAAGGUUCUGGAGAAUGCAGAAGGAGCAAGGACAACCCCCUCGGUGGUGGCCUUCACUGCGGAGGGCGAGAGGCUGGUGGGCAUGCCGGCCAAGCGGCAGUCUGUCACCAACCCGCAGAACACCCUGUACGCCACCAAACGUCUCAUCGGCCGACGCUUCGAUGAUCCAGAAGUGCAGAAGGACCUGAAGAACGUUCCCUUCAAGAUCGUCCGUGCCUCAAAUGGCGAUGCUUGGGUAGAGGCUCAUGGGAAAAUGUAUUCUCCUAGCCAGGCUGGGGCCUUUGUGCUGAUGAAGAUGAAGGAGACUGCAGAGAGCUACUUGGGCCACAAUGUGAAGAACGCUGUAGUCACCGUGCCAGCGUACUUCAACGACUCCCAGAGACAGGCCACGAAGGAUGCUGGUCAGAUUUCUGGGCUGAAUGUGCUGAGGGUGAUCAAUGAGCCCACUGCUGCUGCUCUGGCCUACGGAUUGGACAAGACCCAGGACCGAAUCAUCGCAGUGUAUGACCUGGGUGGCGGUACCUUCGAUAUCUCUGUCCUGGAGAUCCAGAAGGGUGUGUUUGAGGUCAAGUCCACCAACGGAGACACCUUUCUGGGUGGGGAAGACUUCGACCAGCAGCUGCUGAUGUACAUUGUCAAAGAGUUCAAGAGAGAGUCGGGUGUGGAUCUCACCAAGGACAACAUGGCACUGCAGAGAGUGAGAGAGGCAGCAGAGAAGGCCAAGUGUGAGCUCUCCUCUUCCCUGCAGACGGACAUCAACCUGCCCUACCUGACCAUGGAUGCAUCCGGGCCCAAGCACCUGAAUAUGAAGCUGACGCGCUCGCAGUUCGAGGGCAUCGUGGGGGACCUCAUCCGCCGCACCAUGGCGCCCUGUCAGAAGGCCUUGCAGGACGCGGAGGUCGCCAAGAGCGACAUCGGAGAGGUGCUGCUGGUCGGGGGCAUGACCCGCAUGCCCAAGGUGCAGCAGACGGUGCAGGACCUGUUCGGCCGCGCCCCCAGCAAGUCCGUCAACCCCGAUGAAGCGGUGGCCAUCGGUGCAGCCAUCCAGGGUGGCGUGCUGGCCGGAGAUGUCACUGACGUGCUCCUAUUGGACGUCACCCCCUUGUCCCUCGGUAUCGAGACCCUUGGCGGGGUCUUCACCAAACUCAUCAACCGGAACACGACCAUACCCACCAAGAAGGGCCAGGUCUUCUCCACCGCUGCCGAUGGACAGACUCAGGUAGAAAUCAAGGUGUGCCAGGGGGAGAGAGAAAUGGCGGCUGACAACAAGGUCCUGGGCCAGUUCACUCUGGUGGGCCUCCCCCCUGCCCCUCGCGGCGUGCCCCAGAUUGAGGUGACGUUCGACAUCGACGCCAACGGGAUCGUGCACGUGUCGGCCAAGGACAAGGGCACAGGCCGGGAACAGCAGAUUGUAAUCCAGUCCUCUGGUGGGCUCAGCAAAGACGACAUCGAGAACAUGAUCAAGAACGCAGAGAAGUACGCCGAAGAGGACCGGAGGCGAAAGGAUACCGUUGAGGCUGUGAACAUGGCUGAGGGCAUUGUGCACGACACCGAGACCAAGAUGGAGGAGUACAAGGAUCAGCUCCCAGCUGAUGAGUGCAAUAAGCUGAAGGAGGAGAUCACCAAAGUUCGAGACCUACUGGCACGGAAGGAUACUGAGACUGGAGAGACCAUCAAGCAGGCGGCCUCAAACCUUCAGCAGGCUUCUCUCAAGCUCUUUGAGAUGGCAUACAAGAAGAUGGCGUCAGAGAGGGAAGGCAGCAGUGGCAGUUCGGGGACCAGUGGGGAAGAGAAGAAGGAAGGCCAGCAGUAAAAGCCCUUUGCAUUUAGGGUUGUCAUGGAGACAAUGGGACUGAAGGGCUUGGGAAUGUAGACCUGGGUUUAUCCUGAGCGGCUAUUGCGUUGAAGUCAUUCUCAAGUACUGUGUUUUUGCAGUAAGCUAUACAGUAUACAAAUGCCAUUGUAUGCCUCCCUCCCCCCCUUUAUAAUUUAACAACAAACAAAAAAAGUAUAAUACCUGCAUUUUUAAACUUGGUUCUAUGCGUCUAUCGUGAAAUAGUAAAAUGUCUAGUUAUUAUUUGUCGCCUGUGAAUCCCUUGGGUUGAUUGUCCAGAUCAAAUCAAAUUUGCUUUGUCUGCAGUUCGGCUCAUAUCUUUAGCUGUUGGGUAAGAGUUUCCAUGUGGAGAUAAUUUGGGUAAUGUGGAAGCAAGGACCGUUCCCUCCCUUGAUCUAGAUGCUGUCUGUAAUUUCUCACUUUCAAAUGUAGGAAUGAAGUUUCAUUUCUGCACAAAGCAAAGGGGUAACCUGGGGAAAGGCAAGAUGUGUGAACUACCAUUGAGUCAAAAAUGGUGACUGUCCAUUAUUUGUGUGAAAAGGUGAAAGGCACUUAGUUUUCUUGAAGGCUGACUCAAAUGGCUUUUGGUUAAACGCUAAAUUAGCUUAGAAUGCAUGUCCUCCUCUUUCUGUUUGGCUAUGCCCAUGAGAUAAGGCGGCGAUGGAACCUGGGUCAGUUCUGCACAUGUUUGUACAAUAUGUUAGUUAUAAAGUCCAUCCUUGGGCCAUUGUGGGCAGUGCAUUCAUACAGGCUGGGCUGCCAGUACGUCUGGUUCUCCAUUACUCCCUUUUGUGGUACACGGUAUGCUUUGUGCUCAUUUGUAUAUAGUUAUAGUCUGUAAAUCAGAGCCAUUUAAGUUGAAGAAAUUCCACUUGAUGAUUCAGGGGACAGAAGUGGCUGUUUUUCCAUACCCGGGUUGUGUCCCCUUCUGAAAUUGGGUCAUAAAACUUGCUGCUUGUUCGGCCAAAUUGUCACAAAGUAUAAAUAUGAAAGGCAAGUUUGCGGAGGAAUAGUUCAUGUGAAAUUUGUCAAUUUGUGAAAACUACUUGCUUAAAAUAAAGGUGUGAGGAAGUGUGUUUUUGGAAGAUGUUUAAGUCUGUAUAAAAGAGGAUUUAAAUGAUUCCAUUAUAAACUUUUGUAAUAAAAUGAAUAAAACCUC